AAUUUUCUGUUUUUAUCGAAUCGCACCAGUGUUCAAAAUGCCUGAACCGAAAGCUGCUCCUGCUCCUAAGAAGGGCUCUAAGAAAGCCGUCUCUAAGAGCCAAGCAAAGAGUGGGAAGAAACGCAGAAAGUCCAGAAAAGAAAGUUAUUCCAUCUACGUGUACAAAGUGUUGAAGCAAGUUCACCCCGAUACGGGAAUUUCUUCUAAGGCAAUGGGAAUCAUGAACUCGUUUGUAAACGAUAUCUUUGAGCGCAUCGCCGGUGAAGCCUCUCGCCUUGCGCACUACAACAAGCGCUCCACCAUUUCUUCCCGGGAGAUCCAAACUGCUGUGAGGCUUCUGUUACCGGGAGAGCUUGCUAAGCACGCUGUGUCCGAGGGUACCAAGGCGGUUACCAAGUACACCAGCUCCAAGUAAUCUGCAAGACGAUACCUAUUUGAAACAAACGGCUCUUUUCAGAGCCACC